AUGAAUGGUCAUGGCGAUUUCAAGUGGAUGGUAUCCAUUGCCGACGAGACCUUUUCCAAUAGAAAUGGAAGCAAAAGCAAAAUUGUCCAGUUGAACGACCCAUCCACCAACUCGAGCCGUCAGUACAUUCAACUUUCCAACAACAGCCAUGAUCUGGUGGAAACCCAAAGUCUGGAAUCCGACUUUUCGUCCUUUCUGGUGGGACGUCAUGUGGUGAAGGACGGAAACCUCUACGUUAUGAAUCGAGUGGAUCCCUUAUUUUGGUUCUUCUCGCAGUACUCCCAUACAGAACAAUGCAAACAAUGGCGACCAGUGGAUCAAGUGGUCGAGUGCCUGCCGGAUGUAGUUCAAAAGGCUUUGGAUACGGAUCAAAUUCCCCAUCUCUUUCAAGUGUUGAACAGCGAAGCAAUGGGCGAUACUCCCUUUUUCAAAUUUGUUCCCGAACGUGCACUGAAAUGGCUCCAACAAAAGCACCAACGCAUCUUCCAUUGUCUUGAAAUACAAGAGAAGGCAAAACGAGAACAAAGCAAAAAGAAACUUUCCAAAAGUAGCCGCGGUGGUGGUUCGGUCAGCGCCAGCUUUUACAUGCCGGAAGAUACAACAUCAUCCGCACCACAAACGGAAACGGAUCCUUCCAUCCUGAGCAAUGCCGACAUUCAAAUGCUGAAAUUGGACAGUGCCCAAAUCAUCUCCAACUACUUGCCACCCGAAUGGUCCAAGGCUUUGAUGGACCAUUUGGGACUGGCAGAAACUGAAGCCAAGGUGACGCAACAACACCAAGUCAAGAGACCAGUCGUCUCCCCCACUGCCUCUCCCGACAAGCCUGAAGAAAUAGAAAAGCCAAAGAAAAAGGUAGUCGAAGCACAAACGAUAGGCAACAAGCGUCUUGCAAAAGUUAGUACCAAGGGAAUGAAGUCACUUGCCAGUUUCUUUGGAGGACCAACGACCAAGAAGAAAAAGGUGCAAUGA